UGGCCUGAGAGCCCGAUCUGAGCCGUUGGUCCAUGAAUCGGACGGCCAAAACUGCGUGCGGUCAGAUAGUACGUACGAGUCUUGUUCCAACCGGACCGAGGCUCGCCAAAUUCGAACCAAGCGCCCGUCUUCUCCUCGAUCGAUAGCGUCUGGGCUUCGUAGUCGGCGGCGAGCGGCGGCGAUGGACGGCAGACCCGCGACGGCGGAUGACGUGGUGGAGGCGAUGCGGGAGUUCGUCUGGUUUCCGCCGCCGCGCCCCGCCUCCGAGUUCUUCUCCCGCUUCAGCGCCCCGCGGUCUUGCUCCAAGUGGAUCAGCCGCCUCGAGUGCAACCUCUACUACUAUGGGACCAACUACUUCAUCUUGAUCCUAUUGAUAGGGAUGAGCUUCCUUCAGAAACCAGUUGCUAUACUUACAGCUUUUGCAACUGGCCUCAGCAUUGCAUUUUUCAGUGACAGCUCUGUCCGUCAUGGCCGACCAAGUAUGAAAGGAUCAACUCAUAUUUGUGGCCGACCUCUGUCUAUGUGGGUCUUUGCCCUGUUCCUUUUUGAAGUUAGCUGCAUUUUCUGGGCGAGCUCCUGCAAUUUCCUGAUAGUUCCGUGGGAACUAUACGUUGGUCUACUCGUAACCUUGAUUCAUGCCAGCUUCAGAGAACGUAAUCUGAAAGGCCGUCUCAACAGAUUCAGGAAGGAAUUUCGAGAAGCAUGGUGAAAUUUCAGCGAAGCCUUAAACGUCUCUUCCGGUUCGUACCAUGGGAGCUACCUUGUGGGUUUCUUGGCUCCUGUAUAGUUGAAAGUUGAAUCUGUGGCAUGUUAUAGAUGUACAGUUAGUACCAUUGCAGAGUUAUGCUUGGAAAGUACUAGUAAGGUGCACCAGGGCACCACCCCCUGUUAUGUUUUUCCAUCUCUUUUGGAGGUGAAGGGGGGAUGCAACUAUAAACACAUAUUUGCAUUCUAGUACCGUGCCAAGCCACUGGAGGAAAUUAUUAUUAUUAGCCUUCGA